AUGAAUUUAUCCAAACUUGAGUUUGUGGCACUAAAUAAUUCUGGAAAGAAUUAUCUCUCAUGGAUACUCGAUGCUGAGAUUCACUUAGCUGCUAAAGGUCUUCAUGCCACCAUUACUCAGAAAAAUGAAGCAUCGAGCCAAGAUAAGGCGAAGGCUAUGGUUUUUCUUCGUCAUCAUCUUGAUGAGGACCUGAAGAUUGAAUAUCUGACGGUAAAAGAUCCACUUGAAUUGUGGACUGAUUUAAAGGGGAGAUAUGACCACCUAAAGGCAACAAUGUUGCGAAGAGCUCGCUAUGAGUGGAUGCAUUUAUUGAUUCAAGAUUUUAAGAGCGUAACUGAAUACAACUCUGUUGUAUUCAAGAUAACCUCCGAAUUGAAACUAUGUGGGGAGAUUAUAAAAAUUAAGGACAUGUUGGAAAAGACACUUACUACUUUCAAUGCCUCAAAUGUGAUAUUGCAGCAACAAUAUCGUGAAAAGGAUUUUUAG